AGCCGUUGGGAGCCACGGGACCUGCGUAGUGAUAUCUUGCAUUUCAGUCCAUUAACCUGCACUGAAUGAACUGUGUGUUAUUGGGGAAAGUCUUAUGAAUCACACCCCACUGAGGUGACGGCCACUGCUUCAUCGGUGCUCACCGUGUACAUCGAUACUGUUCAGCAGGGCUCCGGAUCACUGGCUGGCCUGUGGGGAGGACAAACAAUCUGACUGUAACGUGCACGAGGUGACAGCACGCGUGAGGAUCAGGAUGUGUGACAAAUUCCUGCAGCUGCAAAUCUCAGCUUUAACAUCCUCAGUUGCCAUAUGACAUAGGAGUUGUUUUUGUUGUGACAAGCAUGGUGUGAAAACGGUCCCAGUCUUUCCCAAUCAAUGCUUUUCACCCACCCGCAGUGAUGAUUAUAUUUAAUGACAGGCUUGGUGAUGAGAAAUGCCCACAGUGUUGUCUGUGUAUUAGUGAAGCAAGCUGUUGUGGGUUGAAAAACAAAUGUCAGAAAUAUUGGUAAGGGAUUGGAAUACAAGUGGAGCAGAUGUUUAUUGUUGUGUAGCUAUUGGUUAUUUAUUUAUUUAUAACUGUUUUUAUUUGAUUGUAUGCAUACUGAAUUGAGCGGAAACUGAGAGAAAGUGGCUGAAAGAGAGAGAAAAGAGGGAGAUGCUGGAUAGGUGGAGAGAGGAGAGAUAGAGAUAAUGGGGGCGCAGAGAGGGAGAGAGAGUAGAAACUGUUAAAACGUGUGUUCGCUCUUGCCAGUCUCAGCAUCGCUCAGUUUCUGCAGGAGGCUGCAGCUCAGGAUCUAUACUGGCACCGAUGAUCACUCUGAGCUGGGAUCUCUUUAUUUGUUUGCAUGGAUGAUAACAGCCUACCGCAUAUUCAUGGAUUUCUCAUGCCACAACUAAUUUGACUCAAACCCAGGAUUGGUGAGGAAAAAAGACAAAAAAGGGGGACUCCAAGUGGUUUCCAGCGGUUUUUUAGGUUUGUGGAAGCUGCAGUUCAGUCUGCCUUGGACAUGGGACCGUGCGUCAGCCGAGAGUUAUCCGGUGCCGGAGGAAGAGCAUCUUCCUGAAGGAGGAAAAACCCGUGUUCGGGAGUUUUUGUUUUUUUUUAAUUUUUGUUUUUUGCUACCGGGGAGGGGGAGCUGUGGGUUUUACGCGCCGGAAUGAUGCGUCCCAACCGCGGCUUCAUCUUACUCCUCCUCAACGGAACCGCUUGUUUGGUGGCUCUGGGUCAAGAAGACGACUCCUCCAGCCCCAAGAGCUCUUCAGAUGACUCCUCCAAGACGGUGGGCCUCAUGAGCGGGCAGGCUCCCCUCUCGCCCCUGAGCCGCUGGAUGCUUCACAGUAAGAGCAGAGCUGCUAAUGCAACCUCCCUGGAGCUGCCCUACCGUUCCCCUGUCCCUUUCUCCAAGCAGGAGUUUUCUAAACAGGAGUUCUGGGAGAUGUUGGGCAGCGACCUGCUCAAACCUGAUGCCUCCAGCUCCAGAGUCAAACGACGGCCCAUCGUUAAGACCGGAAAGUUCAAGAAGAUGUUUGGCUGGGGAGACUUCUAUUCCAAUAUCAAGACGGUUAGGCUUAACCUGCUGAUCACCGGCAAGAUUGUGGACCACGGUAACGGCACGUUUAGCGUCUACUUCCGCCACAACUCCACAGGCCAGGGCAACAUCUCAGUCAGCCUGGUGCCACCUGUCAAGGCGGUUGAGUUUGACCUGGAGCGCCAGAGCGUGGUCUACCCCAAGGACUCAAAGAUCUUCAACUGCCGCGUAGACUAUGAGAAGGUGGAUCGCAGCAAGCGCACAUCGCUGUGCAACUAUGACCCCUCCAAGACCUGCUUCCAGGAGCAGAUUCAAAGCCACGUGUCCUGGAUUUGCUCCAAGCCUUUCAAGGUCAUCUGUAUCUACAUCUCCUUCUACAGUACGGACUACCGCCUGGUCCAGAAGGUUUGCCCGGACUACAACUACCAUAACGAGAUGCCCUACCUGCCCUCGGGCUAGGAGACUUGUAGGGGGGAGGAGAGGUGGGAGGGGAGAGGAAAAGGGGGGUGAGUAGGAGUGACUGCAACACAUGAGGAGGAAACCAGGGCUGUGAAUCGUCCUUAAUGCCAUUGUGGCAGCAAGACACCUUAAAAAAACCCUCUCUGUAGCCUGACUACUGUAAGAUGUAAAAACAUAUAUGCAAAACAAAAACUACAGUAUGCAGAUAUUGAGGCAUUUGGAAUGCUUAACUGCAGCAUUCAUUAACUGGACUGGUAGUGAAAAUCAAAUACCGCCAACACGCACAUUCUUACCUCAAUCCAGUUUCUAAAUGCCAACUUCUCGCCAGCUAUUUCUCUCUUCCAUUAAGUCAUUUGUGAAUGUUGUCUGAAAGUCCUUUUAAUCACCCUUUACAAUAUUGCUCUUUUGCAAAGUCACAAGGCAGUAUUUUCAGUGAAAGCGUGCAUUUAAAUGCUCUGAUACGAUUCACUGGAGAGUUGUAUACAAAUUCAGACUUCAUUACAAACAUCAUACAGUGUUUAACAUCGUACACUGCAAAGGCAAAACCAAUAAUGAUUUAAAACUUACCAGAGGGAACACAAAGUAUUGUUUUUCCUCACAAAGAGCAGAUGAAUGUAAAGUGUAACCAACCACAAGAUAAUUUUAGGUUGCACUCUAAGUCUUUUUAAAGGGCAUCGUUUAAGUCCAUUCCAGAAAAACAUUAAAAGUUCAUCUUCUUACUCAUUCUCUCACCCCGUCCACAUCCUCACAUGUACGCAUCCCACCAUGGCAUUGUCAAUGUGUAGUGUUUACUUUUGCAGCCUGCCAAAUCUAAUCACACUAUAUCUCUUAGUUAUGUCACCUCCAUUUCAAUAAAAGAGGGAAAAGAGGGAGAGAGAGAGAGAGAGAGAGAGAAAUAAUAAAAUUUGCAAGAAAAAGCAAUUGCUCAACAAAGAUUUAGGACCAGGGCUUAAGACAAGUUCAGUGUGAAGGAAAUAACUAGAUUCUGCAUAGAGAUAGAAUUGGCUCUCCACACUUAAGAGAGAGAGAGAGAGGUGGGGGAGUGAGAGAGGGAGAGAUUCAGUGAGCUGUUUUAAUUAAAGUGGAGAAGGAGACGUAGAGUAUGCAGCUCCUUCUAUUGUCCCCUCUGUAUGAAAAAAAUUACAUUUUGUUGCCGUCAGGAUUCCUGAUUUCACGCCUUGAUAACUUUGACUGUGUGAGGGAGAUUGCUCUCUCCCGACAAAUACCGUGUUCACUAAAGUCGGCCCGUUAUCUUGAAUAAAUGAAAAUAUUAUCAUAAUAAUUACAUAUAAUUUAAUCUCCUUUAGAACUAAUUAUGUUUUCAAUGAGAGGGCGAAAUGUAUUCCUAAAAAUCAAGUCAGUGGGUAGGAGGAUAAGAGGAAGUUCAUGGGGAUUGUUGUGCUUUUGCAUGGAGCCAGCAGCCAAAGCUCAGCCCAGAGUUAACUGCUCUCAUUAAGAUAAAUGGCCACUGGCUGGCCCAUCUCAUGUUGCUCUCACAAACAAUAUCAGUGGAGAGCAGCGCGCGAUGGAGCUAUGAAUUAGGUAGCCUGGCAUUUUGUGUGAGAGGUUACCGCUAUCCUGCUUAUGAGGACACAAUGACUUUUCAGUUCAUUAAUGAUGAACAAUCAUAAGACAGGUGUGAAGAGUCUUUAAACUGUGAUAUAAGAUAACCAGUUUGAUGCUAAUGUGCUGUGAUAUCAGGGAUAUAGCCAAGAUCUCUGCAUGUGCACACUUGGCUGGAACUGCGCAGUGAUGUCCCCGGUGGACCCAGCAGUGAACGGCCACCAUGAAGCUGUCCUCCUGUGGGGCUUAACAUAAGGCCGGACAUAAAUGCAUCACCUUGGCUGCUUUUUGUGAGCUUGGAGAGCAGGAGUAGGAGGGAAAACACAGUCACAGGGCUAAUGAUAGUAACAAAGACCUGUAAAUCUGCACAUCAAAGCACUGAGUUUUUAAUUUACUCUUAAAGAAGGGGGUAGCUCCUCUCCAUAUGCUAUCAAAUCAACUUGUGGCCCAGAACAAAUGGCAGCAGUGCACAAACAAGUCUGCAGGGGACAGACAGCUACACCACCCACAGCAAUGAUAAAGGCUGUUCAUCUGGCUAAGUCAUACCUCUGUGUCCUCUUGCAUGUGAUUGUUUUGUCGAAACAGAUAUAUCUUAUGUACCAGUUUGGCUGCUUGCUUCGCGUGUUGACAACACAUGUCUGGCUCGUUGUUACUGUAAGUGUCUCACAAUCAAGACUCCUUACAGAAGGGACUUUCCUAAAGAGGCUACCAUCAAUCAGAGUGCCAACUAUGAGAAAGCUUGUGGAGACAGAGUCUGAUUUCUGCCACAUUGCAGUAACUGAUUAUGCAGUAUUUAUUUGAAAGCAUACAUAAAGCGUCCCAGUGGAGCAUGCAAUAUAGAUGUAGGUUUAGCAGCAACUGAAACUAAACGCCCGACACUUCUCUAAAGGUCCUUUUCUUGUACUGCUGGAUGAGAUACAAAGCUUCAUGUGUGUAAAAUGCGUAUCAACCAGCAUGAAUGACCCACUGCCUCUUGCUCUGUUGAUCCAUUUCCUCAUCCUCCAGCUCUCUCUGCCCCUUUCCCCUCCAGACGUCUGCAUGUUACUCAGCCAUAUGCCCCGCUGUCUUAACGCUGUUGUCCUCUCCCUGUGUGUGACCCGGCUGACUGGCAUAAGCCUCCAUACCCUCUCUACCUCCCUUACCCUGGCGUUGAACCCUGCUGUGGGUAGUUCCUCAUUGCUGCCCCACCCACCCUCCAGCGCACAGCGCUGAGCUGAGCUGGCUAAUCUCUGUGAGCUUAAUGCAGAGCCAACUGAACAUCAGCAGUGAGAACUCCCGUCUCUCCUUCGCUAUCUACCUAGUUCUCUCUAUAUCUAUAUUCAAUCAAACAAAUGCGUGUGCACACACAGUCUUAAGAUUUGCUGGUUUAGGUAUUUUCCUCUCUCCUGUUCAAAGCAUUUUACAUAAGCCCCUGGAUUGUGAGGACAUGAAAUCUCCUCUAGAGCAUGCCAACGGAGUGCCCGACACAGAUGCGCCCCAGUAACCUCAACACCCCCUCCUGCAGGGCGUCCGGAGAGAAGCUGGAUACUCACACAUGUUGGAAUCAAAGCUGGGCAACAAGAGCCCACAGCACUGAAGUCAUGUAGAAAAAACAAGGACACAUCUUGGGCUACCUGCCGGAAAGAAGCCCCUCAAUCUGCUCCUUACCGAUCCUCUCAGAUUUACAGCAAUACUCUCACUGAGACUCCGCCCUCUCCGCCUCUCUGGGGCAAGUUAAAGAGAGGCUGCUGGACUAAGUUUAAGAGGCAGUCAUGUUGCUGUGGGAUGGACGGUGUUGUUACAGCAGCAGCCUUACUGUUGACCCAUCUAGUGCCAACAGACAUGUGGAUAUUUGGCCUUAGAGACUGCAAGACAACACUGGUCCACUCAGCAAAGAAUAGUAACAAAACCUGACUGUCAAAAACAUAAAUAUACAUAUAUAUAUAUUAAAGCUAAGAGUCCUCAGAUCUGAAUAAAAUUGUAUUUAAAUGUGGGUCAUGCAGUGGAGGUUGUCUGUUUUAUCUUUUUGUUCCUCAUGGUUCUGUUUCUCUAUGUCAUGUGGAUGAUAUACUGUAUGGAUGAUAUGAUGGCAUUUACUGUGGUUUUCAACAUUCUAAAAAUCAAUAAAGUACACAGAAGUACUUAAACCCCUUCACUUGUA